GGGGAGCGCAGGGUGCGUGGCGCAGGCGUUGUUCAGUCGCCCGCGCGACCGCGCUGCUGCCGGCCGCGCGCCAUGGAUGAAGCUAGAGUUAGAGACCGCGCGCCGCUUACCGUCAUAGUGGCUCCCAGCAACGCGUCCCCACCUCGGCUGUCCCCGGCGGAUCUCCUUCCAGACGGUGACGCGGCCUUCCAUCCACUUUCAGCAGUCAACGGCCGCCUCACACCGCCAGGCUUAGAGCCAGCGUCGUACGCCACAUUAACACCCCUCCUCCCGCUCCCCCCUAUCAGUACAGUAUCAGAUAAAUUUGCCUAUCAUGCUGGUGGUACGUUCACAGUUAUACAACAGCAGCAUUCCUAUGCGUCAUUGUCUCCAGCGGCGUAUAAUGAGCCUUUGUCACCACAAUCAGCGUACAGUAGGCGGAGUGCUUCGCCCAACUCGUUUGAAAGAAGAUCCCCUACGCCGCCUUUGCCCAGUCCAGGGCUAGAUCUCAAUGCGGCAUUACUGGCAAGAGAAGAAGCACAGCAGACACAACCGAUACGAUCGCCAGAAUUGAAUGAUACGGAAGAAAUAAAUACGAAAGAAUUAGCUCAAAGGAUAAGUGGAGAAUUGAAGAGGUAUUCAAUACCACAAGCGAUUUUCGCUCAGAGGGUCCUCUGUCGGUCACAAGGAACUUUGAGUGAUUUGUUACGAAACCCAAAGCCAUGGUCAAAGCUAAAAUCAGGAAGGGAAACGUUUAGACGGAUGUGGAAAUGGCUGCAGGAGCCGGAGUUUCAGAGGAUGUCAGCGUUAAGACUAGCAGCGGCCCAGAUUCCACAGAGAGGCAGCUGCAAACGCAAGGAGGAUAUAGUUUCGGAUACCCAUCCUUCACCGAAGAAGCCGCGUUUGGUUUUCACAGACCUCCAGCGGCGUACUCUACAAGCUAUUUUUAAGGAAACAAAGCGACCCUCAAAAGAAAUGCAAGUGACGAUAGCGAGGCAGUUAGGUUUAGAGCCAACGACCGUAGGUAACUUCUUUAUGAACGCACGCAGAAGAUCCAUGGACAAAUGGAGAGACGACGACACACCUUCCACGGAGUUGGACCAGCAGUGCGAUCCAAAUGACUUGGAUCACGUGCCCAGUUUAGACUCGGCAGAGUCGGAGGAAGAUCACGACGACCAGGAUGAUCAUCUCUUGUGACGCAAUAUUCACUCACAGCAUUUAUUAGUGCUUUGAGAAGAUUUAGUGGAGUAAGAUAAGGACACUGCAAUAACGCUGAACGAUCAGUGUUUUAAGGAUUCUGUGUAACUGCUUUGUUUUUCUAUCGAGAAAUGAUAAGUUGUAAAAAUUACUGUUUAAAUUGCUUUUGCCCAAUGGUGAGUAAGUAAAGAGUUUCAAAGAUUUAUCAGGUUACUUGCUGAGGUGGAUUGACUUCUAUGUUGUCUUCGCUUAACCAUAUUACCACAAUUUUUUUUAUAAUAUUAUAUCGUAAAGCGCUGACUAAAAAUAUUACGGAGUUCGUCACCAUGGUUACCAUUUUUUAUAUAAACAUACAGUCACGGUAACUAUAUUACUAGUUUAUAAUAAGGCCGCCACCUCACAUCUAAUCAGAACAUUUUAUAUCAAAAUUGUACAGUAUAAAGUACACAUCUUCACAACAUAGCAUAGCUUAAACCAUUUUCUAUUGACAUCAUCUCUUACCUACUGUUAUAGGUAAGUUAUUGGGUUUCGCUAUUAAUUGUACAGAUAUAUAUAAAUGAUCUCCAGUCGAUUGUUCUAGUCACAUAAUGGUUAGUUUACAUUGCUAGAAAAAUUUAUUUAUACAUUGACGUUUGAAUUCACUUUUAUUUUUAUUUAGUCAUAACAGCCGUGAUGUUUACUCUCUGAAUUGAUAGUCUCGGCCACUUGUCUAUAUUUAAACAUAUAAUUUACAUAUGUUUCAGUAAAUACACAUAAAGAUUUGAAAGGAUUUUGAGACAUAAAAAGUAAACACAUUUUUCUCAACGAAACGAAACCACUUUUGUAUUGAGAUAAGCAAAAGCUCGCGUAGGAAAAGGGUCGUACUCCAAAAGAUACAAUCUAGUCGUAAGCAUUGUUGAAUAAUACAAAUUCUUGAUAAUUUGUUUGAUUUACGAAUUACAAAGCAAUCUUAUAAACGGGCUUUUGCAAAUUAUCUACUCUCUUUUCACUGAAGAAAAUCUUCUCAGAGGUAAACAUUAUGUCUUUGCAAUAAACUUUUAUAAACUUACAAAAAUAUCCUUCCAGAAGCAAUAUUUUACCUGUGAAUUCAAAUGUUAGGCUUGUUAACUUGUGCAAAACUGUUCGGUAUUCGAAUCUUUGUAUUGAAGUUUUGUACCGAAAAGGUUUCGAAUAAAGUUCUCGACUUAGCACUUGCAACAACGCUUUUCGCUUUAGUAAAAAUAUCCGAUUUGAUCGGAUCAAAACAGUAUUACUUGUCAAAAUGUACAGAAGUCACGGCAUAAUUUGUGUAUCCGCACUAUAAAACAGAUUUUAUGCAAUCUUUGCAAGGUAUUUUAAAAGAUAGAGAUGUAAGGAGUAUUCAUAUUUGCUUUAAUAUU